ACUCUGCCGACUGCUCAAUGGCAGAUUUAUAAAGACAGGCGCGGCCUCAGAUGCCAGAAAAGGUGUGGCCCAAAAACACAGAGGGAGGGAGAGAGAGAGAGAGAGAGAGAGAGAGAGAGAGUCAUUACCUUCAAAUUGGAAGAAGGUUGGGAGCUCUGAUUCAGUCCAGUUCCUCUUUUGCAUCCUUUGAAUAAUCAGUCUCAGGAGCGUGGUUUUUUUGGGGUUUUAAGAUGAGCUUCAGUGGCCCUUCCGUUGGUUCUGGUGGUGGAACAGCUAGGGCAUUUGAGUUUGGAAGGACUUAUGUGGUUAAGCCUAAAGGAAAACAUCAGGCUACCAUAGUUUGGUUACAUGGCCUUGGUGAUGAUGGAUCAAGCUGGUCCCAGGUCUUGGAGACCCUUCCUCUUCCAAAUAUUAAAUGGAUAUGCCCAACUGCUCCUACUCAACCAGUAACUGUAUUUGGUGGCUUCCCUUCCACUGCUUGGAUUGAUGUGGAAGGCUUUUCUGAAGAUGCUCGUGAUGAUUUGGAGGGUUUGGAUGCUUCAGCAGCACAUGUUGCAAAUUUGUUGUCAACAGAACCUGCUGGAAUUAAACUUGGUGUUGGAGGCUUCAGUAUGGGUUCAGCAACCUCCCUCCACUCUGCAACUUGCUUUGCUUCAGGGAAGUAUGGGAAUGGCAACCCAUACCCUGUGAAUUUAAGUGCAGUUGUUGGACUAAGUGGCUGGCUUCCUUGCUCAAAGACUUUGAAUAACAAGAUUGGAGAGGUCGAUGAGGCUGCAAGGCAUGCUGCAUUACUGCCCAUUUUGAUUUGUCAUGGUAGAGGUGAUGAUGUGGUGCCCUACAAAUAUGGCGAGAAAUCCUUAGUGUCCUUAAAAUCUGCAGGAUUUCAAGAUGUGAAAUUUAAUCCUUACAAUGGGCUUGGUCACUAUACUUCUCCUGAAGAGAUAAAUGACCUCUGCACAUGGCUAACUUCAAAGUUGGGGCUGGGAGAGCACCAUUAAUAACCUAUAAGCAACGCACAAUCUUCCAAAUGGAUCUUUGCAGGGUUUAUUGGAUGAUAAUCUUCAGCAAUAGAAAUGGAAUGGCGUCUUGUACUCGCAUUAAUAUAUGCAUUGAACCACCACCCCCCCCCCCCCCCCGGUGGGCCCCGUGGGGGCCCCAUUGUAUUUGCUAUGCUUUUCUUAUUUUGGUGUUAGCACAGAUGUGUGGAACUCUGUUGGGCGAUUCAUAGAAACUUGUAAUAAAUGGAUCAUUGGUGUGCUA